AGAUGUUAACUGGCCGCCUGCCAGGUAAAUAUUCAACAGAGGAUGCUAGCUAUGCCCAUGUCUGACACGACAAAGGGACGACAACUCCUGAAUAACUGGAGCAAAGAUGAAACCACAUGCUUUACCAAGGACAUUAAGUUUUAGGUAUCACACGGACAGCCUGUAGCCAUGGAUGGGCAUGUGGCCAAAAACAAUGAAAGCACUUUCCCCAGCCUCGUGGACCUGGAUGACUUUCUCACCAAGCACAACUCCAACUUCAUCUGGCUCCUCGUCGCCACCAUUCUGUCCUGUGGAUGGAUCAUCUACUUAACUUAUUACAACUCCCGCAACAUUGGCCUCAUCCUCACCCUGAUCAUCAACAGACUCUACAAGGAUGGCUACAUUCAUAUCGGCUCCUUCUCCUUCUCCGUGCUGUCGGGGAAAGUCAUGUUCAGAGACGUGUACUACAUCAACCAGGACAUGUCCAUCAGGAUACAGGAUGGCUUCCUCAUAUUUCGGUGGUGGAAAAUGUUUAACCCAAAGCAGAAACAGCAUGACCCCAAGGCAGAGACCCGGCUUUACGUGACCGUUAACGGCUUCGAGUUCCAUGUCUACAAUCGCACCGACCUCUACGCCCGACUGCAGGAGACCUUCGGACUGGACCCCACACUCAUAACACCCAAAAAAGAAGACGAGAAGGGACGAGAGGAUAGAAACAAGACGCUAGAAAGUGUGGACAUCCAAGCAGAGAGCGCUGACCACACAUCAUCAUGGCGCUCCCUCAUUCCUGUCAUCAAAGUGAACAUCAGCACUGGGCGUUUGGCGUUCGGGAACCACUACCUCCCCCAGACUCUGUGUGUGAACUUCGAGGACGCCUUGCUGACGUACGCCACCAAGCCGCCCUCCAGCCACCUGGACCAGUUCAUGCACAUCGUCAAAGGCUCGCUGGAGAACGUGCGUGUCAUGCUGGUGCCCAGUCCACGCUACCUCGGCAUGCAGAACGAUGAACCUCCCAGACUGAUGGGUGAAGGCUUUGUUGUCAUGCAGUCCAACGAUGUCGACAUCUACUACUACCAGGAUGAACCCGGUCUGGUGCCAGUGGAGCAGGAGGGGGUGGAGGAGGCAGAAACGUGCAGUGAGGGCGAUAAGCUUCAGGACCUUCCUCCAUGUUGGGGUCUGGACAUCGUCUGUGGAAAAGGAACGGACUUUAACUACGGCCCCUGGGCUGAUCGUCAGAGGGACUGUCUGUGGAAGUUCUUCCUGCCAGCUGACUACCAGGCCAUGAAAGUGACCGAGGAUGCCGAGCCGGGCAAACCCAGGCAGAUCCAGGCCUUCGAGCUGCGCAUGAACAUCAUCGCUGACGCCACCAUCGAUCUGCUCUUCACCAAAAACAGGGAAACCAACGCCAUCCAUGUGAAUGUAGGCGCAGGCUCUUACCUGGAAGUCAACAUCCCCAUGACUGUCGGAGACAAUGGCUACUCUCCUACCAUCAAAGGGCAGCUGCUGCACGUGGACACCACCAGCAGCAUGCAGUACAGGACUCUGCUGGAGGCCGAGAUGCUGGCUUUUCAUGUCAUAGCCAGCUACCCUCGGGUGUGGAACAUGCCUCAGUCGUGGCAGUGUGAGAUCGAGGUGUACAAGGCCACCUACCACUUCAUCUACGCCCAGAAAAACUUCUUCACAGAUUUGAUCCAGGACUGGGCGAGCGACAGCGCCCCAGACAUCUACUCCUUUGUGCCGUACUCCUGGAAGUUCAAGGUGCUUUUCCACCAGUUUGAGAUGAUCUGGGCGGCAAACCAGCACAACUGGGUGGACUGUUCCACCAAGCAGCAGGAGAAUGUGUACCUAGCAGCGUGUGGCGAGACGCUCAAUAUAGACUUCACUUUGGCUUUCAACGAGUUUGUUCCAACCACUUGCAACACCCGCUUCAGCUUACAGGCCGAGGAUACAGACAUGCGGCUGUCCCUGCCAGAGUGCCAUCCGAGCCGCUGCCCGCUCCUCACCCUGGCCAAAGACUACCAGAACGUUAAGCUUCCCCCAGACAUGUUCAUGCCGGGGGAACACCACAGCGCCCCCCCUCCCAAACCCAGCAAGUCCCGCUGGAGGAACAUCACCCACGCAGAAGCCGGCUGGGUGGAUUGUUGGAGUGUACCCAACUUCCUGCUCAUCAUCGACUACACAUGGCACCCCAUUUAUCCCCAGAAGGCUGACGAGCAACUCAAACAGUCCUUGUCGGAGAUGGAGGAGUCCAUGCUGUCAGCCCUGCGUCCCCCAGAGCACACCUCGGUGCACCACAACGCGUCUCCCCGCUUCACCUCCAAGUCUGCCUCCGCCGCCCACAGCAGGAUGCCCGCGGAACCCUCGGAGCUCCCCCCCGACAGACUUCACGUAGAGAUGGAAAUGUCCCCAGAUUCUCAAAUCAUCCUCUACGGGCCUUUGCUCCGGGCACUGAUCUCCAUCAAGGAAAACUAUUUUGGUGAGGACGACAUGUACACAGACUUUGAGGAGGCCGUUUCCAGCCCCGUGCUGUCCACCUCCACCUCCUCGGGCCUCGGUUGGUCUCCCCUGGGAAUGGAGGACAGCGAACAUAAGGAAAACUCAAACAUCCAUCCCUUAGACCUGCGCCCCUGGGACAUCACCGUGCUCAUCAACCUCUACAAAGUCCACGGCCGACUGCCAAUGCACUGCAGCAGCGAGGGUCCCGAAGGUCCAUCUGGCUUCUUGGAGCGGCUGUGUUUUGAGAUGAAGAAGGGUUAUAAGGAGACGAUGCUUCAGCUGCUCCUGUCUCCCAUUCACAUCUUCGUCAGUGACAACUACCAGCGCCCUACAGCGGACGGGGUGUUGAGGGACGGCCACCUGAGUCUGUCUGGCCUGCAGAUGAGGGCCCACGCCAUGUUCUCCGCUCAGGGCCUCUCCAUGAGCAGUGAUACGCUGGAGUACGCCUGGCUCAUCGACAUGCAGGCGGGGGGGCUCACCGGCAGGGUCACUCUUCCACAGGUGGCGAGUAUGAUAGAGUGGGGUGAGACCUUCCUCUUCCAUGGGGUGUCCCGAGAGUUCCAACUAGAACAACCCAAGCCCUCUGUCAUCUGCCAGCACGGCGUCGACCGCCGCAUCUGCGAUGCCAAGCUGAGCUGUCUACCCGGGCACUGUCGCACAUCAGAGGAGCUGAAGUACACCAUGACCCGACUGGCCAUGGAUGGGGUCGACCUCUUCGUCGUGGAGCAUGGCUGUGCUGCCAAUGUCAAGACGGCUAACGUUCGCGUAGCUAACUGCAACCUGCACAACCAAGCAGUGGGAGAAGGCAUCAGUGCCGUGGUGCAGGACGUGAACAUCCGGCAGUACAUCGAGCAGCAGCAGCACAGCGAGGCCGCCCGGCUGCAGACAGCUGGCCCGGGUCAAGGUCUGGGUCAGCCAUUAGGUCUGGGCCAGCCCCCCCUGCUGCGGCGCUCUGUCUGGCUGGAGGCGGGUUCGGUCAACCUGAACCUCAUCACAGCAGACAUCGCCCUGGCCGCUGACCACUCGGCCAAAUGUGAAGUCCAGAGGCAUUUUCUGGAGCUUCAUGAUGCACAGACCAAAAGACUCUGGUUCCUUUGGCCAGAAGAUGCCAGCAUUCGCAACAAGCGUGGCAGGAACCGCUGCGGCUGUCUCGGAGGCUGCCGGUUCUUCGGAGGUACCAACAUGGGCCUGGACUUCUUCAAGCUUGAAGAGCUGACGCCGUCCUCCUCAUCUGCGUUCGGCUCUUCCAGCACGGAGCAGGACAUGUCUUACGGCCAGUCUUUGCUACAGCCAGGGGAGUGGAUUAUUACCAAGGAAACACCCAAAGUGGAUGGGAAAGUUGUGGGCCUGAAGAGGGACACGCACUCGCCCUGCCUGCCUCCUGAGCUGCCGGAGAGGCGCGGUCAGCAGCACCUCAGUCUGCAGGUGCCCCAUCGCUCCCACAGCUCCGUCUCCUCCUCUGAGGAAAAUAGUUCUUCCAGUGCUGCGCUGCCCCUGCUGGCCGGAGAGAGAGAGACACCCUCGCCGAGCACGGAGGAACGCAUGUUCCACGUGAACUGCAAAAGCCCUGCUGACACCAUAGGAGAAGUCCCAGAGGUCUCUCCGGUCUCCCCCAACAGCUCCCAGGACCGCUCCUCAGUGCGCUCCCCCCGCUGCUCCCCUCUGAAGCGCCAGUCCUCCGUACACUCGGGGCGACUGGGCAGCACCAAGAGCCUGUCAGCCGCCGUCUUCACAGACAAGCCUCCGCCGGUGCUGUCCGGAGGCGUCCAGUUCAGCAGCGAUGUGUCCCGCAGCGACGAGAACGUCCUGGACUCGCCCCGCCAGCGCAGGAGCUACGGCUCCUUCCCCUUCACGCCUUCAGCGGACUCCAACACCUUCCACCAGUACCGCUCCGCAGACUCCAGCAUGUCUGUGGCUGACAGCGAGGCCUACUUCUCCGCCACAGAGGACUUUGAGCCGAUUAGCAGCGCCGACGAGGGCCCGGGGACGUACCCGGGGCGCAAGAAGAAGAGGAGGCAGCAGAUGCAGCAGCCGCAGCAGCCCCCGUACCACAUGGAUAACUACAGCCGGAGCUCCAUCUACCACAGUGUUGAGGGCCCCCUCACCUACGUCCUCAACGGGGAGCUGAUCACUGAGCCACGGCCCCUGCCCAUGCCCCCCUUCCUACCCCCGCUGCCACCCCACCCCCUGCCCAGCCACACGUCCCAGGCCUCCUUCGUCUCCGCGCUAGCCAUGGAUGAGGAGAGCUCCGUGGAGGCGGAGAAGACGGCUGAACCCGGCCCCGUAACCCGGCAACCCCACGUCAUGGCAUGCUACCAGAAUUAUCUAGCCCACUACCAGGUCUCAAAUUGGUCUGUGAAGCAGCCAACCAAUAAGAGGACUUCCAAGUCUUCUCUGCACCGCCCCUUAGAUUUGGACACGCCCACCAGCGAGGAGAGCGGCGCCUCCUUCGACCAGCUCUCUGUUCCCAGCUUUAAGGUGAUCAAGCAGGGCCUCUCAGCCAGCUCUCUAUUGGACAGAGGACUGCAGCUGAUGGGGGAACACAACAGUACUCCAUACACCCCGCUGGAUAAGAGGGCCAUGGAGAACACGGACGAGGACACCACGACGGACGACUGGACUCUGGAGCAGCCCCUCGCUCAGACCAGGACCACCGCCAUCGUGGAGGUGAAGGGGGCCGUCAACGUGGUGCUCACGCCACUCGUGGCCGAAUCCCUGGACAGGUACAUCGAGUCCAUGGUGCACUUUGCCAGUAUCCGUCACCCUGCAGCCAUUCUGGAUGACCUGCAUGGGAAGGUCCUCAAUGAAGCGUACCAGAUCAGCAAGUCCACAGUCACUGAGUCCAGCCAAACAGGCAAGCAGGAGCCCAAGCUGUCCAAGACGGAGGGCACGACCCCCGGCUCCCUCAACAUCACCCACGGCCAGACAGACCUGUCCGUCAAACCGGAUAAUGUGAAAAUCAAGGGCCUCCAAGCCAACGUCUCCAUCCCCAAGGUGAACCUCUGCCUGCUGCAGGCUUCUGUAGAGGAGGGGUCACCGUCGAGCUCCAGUAAGUGCGUCACACACGUGUCUCUGGUGGCGCUGUGCUUCGACAGGAUCGCCACCCAGUUCAGAAUGAACAGGGGGAUUGUGGAGGAGACACCCAACACCUUAGAACAUGGCCGACCGUCCGUCAAUUUGGAGAAGUACGCCUCUGCCACAAAGAUGCAGCCGCAGUCGUCGGGCUCGCUACGCUCCAACGCCGGCAUCGAGAAAGGAAAAGAAAUCGCCGCCAGGCUCAACAUCCACCGUAUCCACAGCCAACUGAGAGGCCUCGACUCCACAGACAUUGGCACAUGCGCCAUCACAGCAAUCCCUUAUGAGAAGUCCAAAGUGCUCUUUGGCCUGGAGGAAUUGGAAGAGUUCUCAAUGGUGGAUGAAACGGACGCCCAGAACACAGCAGGCGAUCUCGGACGUUCCGCCAUGUCUCUUGAGAAAUGGGGAUGGAUCAUGUUCGAAUGCGGCAUAGAGAACCUCACGGUCAAAGGGGGCCGUCAGUCAGGAGCCAUCCUUUACAACUCCUUCGGAGUGAUGGGCCGCUCAGACACUGUGGGGAAGACGGGCAUGUCCAAGUCCAACGGGUCCACCGGCUCUCAGACGGGCAGCGGGUACAGCACCGACGUCUCCGAUGACAACCUCCCUAAUGAUGCCGUCAGCCCCGCCUCCGAUGCCAACGAAAACUCUGACUCAGAUGACCAGGACGAAGGAGUGGAGUCAGACGACCUGAAGAAAGACCUCCCCCUCAUGCCCCCCCCUCCGGACUCCAGCAGCAUGAAGCUGACCAUCAGGGAGAUCUGGUUCAGUUUUGCAGCUCCCACAAACGUUCGGUCACCUUCCCAGGCCAUGUCCAGGCAGUUGAAUCUGCUCAGCACAGCCACACCUGCCAUCGGAGCCUGGCUGGUUCCCAUCGACCAGCUCAAGUCCUCUCUGCGCAAACUGGACAUGGAGGGCACUCUGCGCGUGUGUGCCGUUAUGGGCUGCAUCAUGACCGAAGCUCUCGAGAAAAAGAGCAUCCACAUCCCAAUCCGAAGCAAGUACAACCGCGUGACUAAAAGAGCACGCUACCUCCAUGAGAACCCCUCCUGUAUGCUGUGCAACAUCCUCCAUCGCUACCUGCAGCAGGCCGACUACUCCGUCAUCGAGGAGGCGACCAUGAAUGAUGGCGUCCCCGCCCUUGUGACUCUAAAGAAGGGUCUGGUUGCGUUGGCCAGACAGUGGAUGAAGUUUAUAGUGGUCACUCAGGGCUUUAAAGCCAUCGGUCUGAUGAGGCCCAACCAGCUCGCCAAGCCCAAGGAGCCUCACCAGAGCCUGGUGGAGACCAUGGUGGGCCUGGACAACGGCGCCGCGCUGCAGAGCGACACCAGCGCCGACGGAGCUGAAUUUGAAUUCGAUGCAGCCGCAGUGAGUGAACACACCAUGUUGCUGGAGGGAGCAAGCAGUCGGCCCCCGCCCAAAGAAGCCAACACGGGGCCCGUCAGCGGGGUGGAGAUCAUGAGGAAGCUGUCUAAGUCCCACGCACACAACGAGUCUGCACUCAGGAUAAAGGGCUCCCAUCCAUACCAGUCGCUGAGCUACACCAGCGGUGACACGGCAGCUGACUCACCCGCCCACGUGAGCCGCGUAGGCCUGCCAGCUAAGGACAGCCCGCGCAAGGAGAGCCUCCUGAGCAAUCUGACAGGCAGCUUCAGGAGCCUGCACAACCUGCUGGAGGGCAUGCCCCAGAGGAACGAGCCGUCUGCCGCCAACGCCGCCAACGCCAAGAGCAACUCCCUCACUCGCACAGGAAACAGUUUAGGAACGGACAUGAUGACGGAGCACCCGCUGCUGUCGGAGCCCUCCUCCGUCAGCUUCUACAACUGGAUGUCCAACGCUGUGGGCAACAGGACCGGGGGGGCGGUCCAGGACUCCCCGAUGAACCGCUCCCAGCACAACAGCCUGCAGACAGGUGGGGCGUGCAACCUACCCACAAUCCCCUCUGCCUCAGACUUCAACACGGUGCUGUCCAGCGACCAGAACACCCUGGACGGGACGCAGUCCCAGCAUUCUCAGCACAGCACCAGCCAGGACGACAUGGCCGACAUCGAGGAGGGGAACCAGUGCCCGGCCGCUGUCCAGCUGGCCGACGCUCAGGUUGUUUUCAAGCCUUUGCUGAGCUACACAGGCAUCCAGGCCCAGGACGCCACUCCUCUCAGCUACAAGAUGUACUUUGGAGAGCAUCUGUCUUUUUCUGGAAACCUGGAGUGUCUCAGGGCAGACAUCGUGGACUCCGACACCUCCAAAGAGCGGAAGAACAAAAGAUCCAGGAGACAAGGCAUGGUGAACCUCCCCCCGCUGGAGUUCAAGCCGGCGCUGCUCAUCGAGACGUUCAGCCUGAACGCGGUGGUGAUGGAGAAGUCGACGAGCGCUCCUCAGGGCCCCACCGCGGCCCCGCUGUCCUUCCACGACCUGAACCGCCGCCACUACAACACCUUCCACUGCGACUUCACCACCGCCUGCCAGGCCAUCAGCCAGCGGGUGGACAUGGCCCUGGUGCGCCUCAUCCACCAGUUCAGCACCAUGAUCGACGACAUCAAGGCCACGCAGACGGACAUCAAGCUGAGCCGCUACACCGCCGGCUCCGCCUCCCCCACCCCCACCUUCAAGGCGCGGCCGUACCGACACUUCAGGUCGACGGACUUCAGCCGCAGCUCCCGGGGAAGCAUCAACGGGGCGGGGCGCAGCGGGACGCAAACACUGAGGAGCAAGAGAGGCGUGGGGGGAGGAGGGGGAGGGGGGGCAGGCGGCGCCGGGGGUUUACCGGCCAAUGGACCUCCGUCAGGCAUGGACACGCUGGGGAGGAGGGAGCCGAGAGGACGCACCUCCCUGGGACGAUCGGAGCGACGCACCUCCAAGGUGUCGAGGAAGGGCUCUCGUGACGUGGCCGACCACAUGGCCAUCCAGAUGGACGACUCGGACUCCAUCACGGUGUCGGAGCAGAGCGAGCCGUCGGCAGAGUGUUGGCAGAACAUGUACAAGCUGCUCAACUUCUACUCCCUCAUCUCCGACCCCACCGGCAUCCUGGAGAAGAGCUCCCCAGAGAACUGUCUGUCAGAAGGUGGCCGCCGGCCCUCGGAGCCGUUCUGUAAAGUGAUCUUUGAGAACGAGCAGCAGGAUAACUCCACCCCCAACAAGCCCCCGGGCUCAGGGGGGCGGCGGCGCAGCCUGGUGAGCUCCGAGCCGCAGCACGUCACGCUCAUCGUGUUCGGCAUCGGCAUGGUGAACCGCACACACCUGGAGGCCGACAUCGGAGGGCUCACCAUGGAGGCGGAGCUCAAGAAGAUCCACGGAAGCUUCACACUGAAGGAGAAGAUGAAAGAUAUCCUGCACCAGAAGAUGACAGAGACGUGUGCCUCGGCUCACAUUGGGGGGGUAAACAUUGUUCUCCUGGAGGGCAUAACCCCCGACAUCCAAACCGUGGUCAAAUGCAACAUCGCCAAGUCCCAGGCCCUGUACAGCGCCCAGCGAGGACUGAGAACCAACAACGCAGCCGUCUUCAAAGUGGGGGCCAUCAUCAUCAACAUCCCCCAGCACCCGGCCACGCUGCACAGCAUGAUGGUUCGCAGCUCCCACCAGCUCUCCAAACAGAUUUCUGACCUCAUCCGCCAGCCAUCCAAUGCUCAACCUCCUAAUAGGGAAGACACCCCCAUUCCGCAACCCUCUGAAAAAGCAUCCAGCAUCAAUCAGACCCCCGUGGAAGCUAACGAGUUCCCUCAGCUCCCCGAAGGCCUGGAGAAGAAGCCCAUCGUGCUCAAGUUCAGCGCCAUGAUGGACGGCAUCACCAUCGGGGCCGCCCUGCUGCCCUCACUGAAAGCCGAGUACAAGAUGGGUCGCAUGAAGAGCCAUGGCAUGACAGGGGCACAAACCAGCUUCACCUUCGAGUUGCCGAACCACAAGCUUUGCUUCCAGUCCAAAGUGUCCCCGGUGGACAUGUCCACCAUGCCUCCCUCAGCCAGCCUCACCCUGCCUCCGGUCACCAUGUCAGGGGAGUACAUCAUGGAGGACCACGAGAGCCACUCGGACCAGGGCUGGGCCCCCGACGACUUCCCAGCAAAGCAAGGGAACUACCUGCAGGGCAACUACCUGCGCUGUGUAGCCGAGAUCGGUUCAUUCGAGCACAACCUGACCACAGACCUGCUCAACCACCUGGUGUUCCUGCAGAAGGUCUUCAUGAAGGAGGUCAACGAGGUCAUUCAGAAGGUCUCAGGAGGAGAACAGCCCAUCCCGCUGUGGAACGAGCCUGACACCUCCGCAGACGCAGACAAGCCAAAAAUCCUGCUUUAUUCUCUCAGCCUCAUGUUCAAGGGGAUCCAGAUGACAGCCACCACUCCUUCCAUGCGUGCUGUGCGCUUUGAGACCGGCCUCAUCGAGCUGGAGCUGUCCAACAGGAUCCAGUGCAAGGCUCAGCCCGGGGGCAGCAGCAGCUACCUGAAGCUGUUCGGGAAGUGCCAAGUGGAUCUCCACCUGGCUCUGGGACAGAUAGUCAAGCACCAGGUAUAUGAGGAAGCUGGCUCGGACUUCCACCAGGUGGCGUACUUCCGAACGCGAAUCGGUCUGCGGAACGCUCUGCAGGAGGAGAUCAGCGGCUCCUCGGACAAGGAGGCCGUCCUCAUCACGCUCAACAGGCCCAUCGUUUUCGCCCAGCCAGUGGCGUUUGACAGAGCUGUGCUCUUCUGGCUGAAUUACAAGGCGGCGUACGACAACUGGAACGAGCAGCGUCUGGCCCUCAACAAGGACAUCCACAUGGCCACUAAAGAGGUGGUGGACAAGCUGCCGGGCAUCCAGCAGACCUCCGCCCAGGCCUUCAGCACCCUCUUCCUGCAGCUGACCGUCAACGACCUGGGCAUCUGCCUCCCCAUCACCAACACCUCCCAGGCCAACCACAGCAUAGACUUUGACACGGGCUCAGCCAUGGUGCUGACCAUCGAGAGCACGCUGAUCACCGCCUGCUCCUCAGAGUCCCUGGUGAGCAAAGGCCACUUCAAGAACUUCUGCAUCCGCUUCGCCGAGGGCUUCGAGACCUCCUGGGACGACUGGAAGCCUGAAAUCAGAGGGGACAUGGUCAUGAAUGCUUGUGUAGUCCCUGAUGGUACUUAUGAAGUUUGUUCCAGGACUACAGGGCAACCUUCUGCAGAGAGCAGUAGUGCCGGCACCUGGACUCUGAACGUGCUUUGGAAGAUGUGCGGUAUCGACGUCCACAUGGAUCCCAACAUCGGCAAGCGGCUCAACGCGCUGGGUAACACUUUGACGUCUCUGACGGGCGAGGAGGACGUCGACGACAUCGCCGACCUGAACUCCGUCAACAUGGCGGACCUUUCGGACGAGGAUGAAGCCGACUCCAUGUCACCCACCGUCCACAUGGAGACCAUUGACCCCAGAAGGCAGAUGGCCAUGGGGAACCAGGUGAUCGACGCCCGCGGGAGAAAGUUCACCAAGAGGGUUGUGGACAUCAGAGAGUUGAACGAACAGGCCAAGGUCAUCGACGACCUCAAGAAAUUGGGGGCCAGCGAAGGCACCAUCGACCAGGAGAUCCAGCGCUACCAGCAGCUAGAGUUGGUGGCCGUCAACGACAUCCGGAGAGACGUCCGAAAGAAACUGCGCCGCUCCAGCAUGAGGGCGGCCUCUCUGAAGGAUAAGUGGGGUCUUGGCUACAAACCAAGCUACAACCGCUCCAAAAGCAUCUCGGCGGCAGCGGGUCGCCCCCCUCUGAAAAGGAUGGAAAGACAGAGUUCCAGAAUAGGAGAUCUGGAUGAUCUACCAGAUAUGCGCGUGGAUGCCUCCUCUCCUGGACCCCGGGUCACCUUCAACAUCCAGGACACGUUUCCUGAGGAGACAGAGGUGGACCUGUUGUCGGUCACCGUCGACGAGCCAUCCCACCCUCAUCAUCACCUCCAUCCUCUCCAUUCUCCAUCCGUUAUGGAGGACCAUCACUCAGUUUUCAGUGCCCCUGGCACCCCCGCUGUCUUCUCACCCGUACUUCCAUUCCAGCCCGACGACAUGAGGCGCGACGACCUGUCCUCAUCCUCCUCCGAAGACUCCGAGAAGGAGGACGAGUUUGAGCGGGAAAAACCACCGAGCUUCCGCAGGCCUUUCCAAGCUUCUCACAGGAAGCCCUCGGGUUUCUCUGCUGUGAGUCAGCUGUUCAGCGAGCGCUGGCCGAGCACCGCCGCCAACCGCAGCUUCAGCGGCCCGACAACCGAGAGAAACAUUGACUUUGAGCUGGAUAUCCGCGUGGAGAUCGACAGUGGGAAGUGUGUCCUUCACCCCACCACUCAGCAGCCAGAGCACGAGGACAUUGCCCUCAGGAGGAGCUGUGAUCCCAGCCUCAGGAGUCUGGACCAGGAGUCUCCCCCUAAGAAGAAGAAGCUGCAGCCCACCUACACCUCCACCACCCACCUGCUAGCCGGGAAAAAGUGUCCCUCCUCCCUGCAGACCAAAUCCAACGACAUGGAGACCACAGUCUUCUACAUUCCAGGAGUAGACGUUAAGUUGCACUACAACUCCAAGAUGCUGAAGACGGAGUCGCCCAACGCCUCCCGGGGAUCCUCCCUCCCCCGCACUCUCUCCAAAGAGUCGAAGCUGUAUGGUAUGAAAGAUAUCAGCCCUCCCAACCCUCCCAAUGCAGAACAAAGCAAGACUAACUCGCUCCUACCUCCCCCGCCCCCACCUAUUCCAUCAGCCAAAGGUAAGGGCAGUGGGGGCGUGAAGACUGCCAAGCUGUAUGCCUGGGUAGCCCUGCAGACUCUGCCGGAGGAGAUGGUCAUCAGCCCCUGUCUGCUGGACUUCCUGGAGAAAGCGCUGGAGACCAUACCAAUCACUCCUGUGGAGAGAGGCUACGCAGCUGUGGCGACCCAGGAGGAGGACAUGGGUCAGUUUGACCCGGUGGAGCAGCUGGAGGAAUCCACCACCUCUCUGGUUUCCUCUUCCACAUCCGCCUACUCCUCCUUCCCUGUGGAUGUGGUGGUCUACGUCAGAGUCCAGCCCUCUCAGAUCCGCUUCAGCUGCCUGCCCAUGUCCAGGGUGGAGUGUAUGCUCAAACUGCCCUCUUUAGACCUGGUCUUCUCUUCUAACCGCGGGGAGCUGGAGACCCCACCGGGAGCCCACCCCACUGACGCACCCCACCCCCCCUCCUCCACCCCACCUGGGCAGUAUAUCCCCAAACCACCGCCCAGCAAAGCUUCCCCGUUGCUGGGGAGCCCUCUGGGCAGGAGCCGCCACAGCAGCAGCCAGUCAGACCUCACCGCCCCCCCCAGUAACUCCUCAGGCCUCAGCUUCACUGCCUGCAUGUCUGACUUCUCCCUCUACGUGUUCCACCCCUACGGCGCCGGAAAGCAGAAAUCUGCAGUCACAGGGCUGCCUCCGGGCCCAGGGCCAUUAGGUACAGUAGAUGAGGAGCCGUCUUCAGUAACGGGAAGAAAAGACUCUCUGAGUAUCAACCUGGAGUUUGUGAAGGUCAGCUUAUCAAGGAUCAGGCGUACCGGAGGCCCCACCUUCAUCGAAAGCUUCAUUCCUACUAAAGGCGGCAAAAUGGACACCACCCUUAUCAACAUCUCAGCGGUGUGCGACAUUGGCUCGGCUUCCUUCAAAUACGACAUGAGGCGCCUGAGUGAGAUCCUGGCCUUCCCCAGAGCCUGGUACCGCCGCAGCAUCGCCCGCCGCCUCUUCCUGGGAGACCAGACCAUUAACCUGCCAGCCUCUGGCCCUGCCACCCCUGACUCGGCGGAAAAUGUAACCCAACACCUGUCCCCGGAGUCGAGCCGGAAAGCCUGGAGGACGUGGGACGGCAGCAUGGGGACACAGCACAUGCCUCAAUCCCCAAACGUGUUUUCAGAGCACUCCGCAGGAAGCAACAUGUCUCCGGGAGGCGUGGGACACCUCAAGUCCCCGGCGCCCGGACGCACCAGGAGCGUGUCGGAUUCCUCCGCUCCCAGGAGAGACUCGGUGACAAAAACCUCCACCCCUUCCUUCAGUAAAAAUGGCAAGACAGCAGGUCAGCAGGGUGCGCCGUGGGAGACACUGGUGGUGUUCGCCAUCAACUUGAAACAGCUCACCGUCCAAAUGAACAUGAGCAACGUCAUGGGAAACAACACCUGGACCACGAGCGGGCUAAAGAGUCAGGGCCGGCUGUCGGUGGGAAGCAACCGGGACCGAGAGAUCAGCAUGUCCGUGGGCCUCGGCCGCUCCAAGCUCGACUCCAAGGGCGGGGUGGUGGGCGGCAACAUAGACGUGAACACCCUGGAGAUGGUCUCCCACAUCUCGGAACACCCCAACCAGCAGCCUAGCCAUAAGAUCCAGAUCACCAUGGGCUCUACAGAGGCGCGGGUGGACUACAUGGGCUCCAGCAUCCUGAUGGGGGUCUUCAGUAACGCUGACCUGCAGCUGCAGGACGAGUGGAAGGUCAACCUGUGCACCGUGGACACCAGCCUGUCGGAGAAAAGUGAAAUCUUCGUCCACGGAGACCUGCAGUGGGACAUUUUCCAGGUGAUAAUUUCACGCUCCACCACACCCGACCUCAUCAAGAUCGGCAUGAAGCUGCAGGAGUUUUUCACCCAGCAGUUCGACACCAGCAAGCGGGCCCUCUCCACCUGGGGCCCCGGUCCCUACCUGCCCCCCAAAACCCCCGUCAUCAACACGGAGAAAGGGUCUGCAGAGCUCUACAUGGACGCAGCCCAUCACCGCCACUGGCCCGGGGUGCUGAAGGUGAUCGCCGGCUGCCACAUCUCACUCUUCCAGAUGCCUCUGCCCGAGGACGCCGUGCAGCUGGGCGGUUCCAUGAGUCUCCAUGGCAACCACAUGACCCUGGCCUGCUUCCACGGGCCCAACUUCCGCUCCAAGUCCUGGGCCCUGUUCCACCUGGAGGAGCCCAACAUCGCCUUCUGGACGGAGGCUCAGAAGAUCUGGGAGGACGGCUCCCAAGAUGAUUCCACCUACAUAGUGCAGACACUGGACUUCCAUCUUGGUCAUAACACGAUGGUGACCAAGCCCUGCGGGGCCCUGGAGAGCCCCAUGGCCACCAUAACCAAAAUAACCCGGAGGCGGCAUGAAAACCCCCCACAUGGAGUGGCCACGGUCAAAGAAUGGUUCAACUACGUCACUGCCAUGAGGAACGAAGAGCUGAACCUGCUCAGGAACGCUGAAGCCAACAACCAGGAGAGCGGAGCGGCUGCCAAGAGCUCCAGCCUGCUGAGCAGCUUCCGCAGCUCCUCCAGCUACAACCACGAGACGGAGACCAUCUUUGCUCUUCCCAGAAUGCAACUGGACUUCAAGUCAAUCCACGUACAGGAUCCUGAAGAGCCUUCGCUAACAGACACCGACAGCAAACCCAAAGUGGAGUGCAGCGUGGUGACAGAAUUCACAGACCACAUCUGUGUCACCAUGGACGCCGAGCUCAUCAUGUUCCUUCACGACCUGGUUUCUGCAUACUUGAAGGAGAAGGAGAAAGCCCUGUUCGCCCCGCGGAUGUUUGCGACCCGCCCCGGUCAGAAGAGCCCGACCGCCCUGCACGACGACGGCUCCUCGGACAAAGACGACGGCAUCAACUACACCACGGUGGACUGGAGGGAGUUCAUGUGCAACACCUGGCACCUGGAGCCCACCCUCAGGCUCAUCUCCUGGACAGGGCGUAAGAUCGACCCGGUGGGUGUGGACUACAUCCUGCAGAAACUGGGCUUCCACCACGCCCGGACUACAAUUCCCAAGUGGCUGCAGAGGGGGGUGAUGGACCCGCUGGACAAGGUGCUGUCGGUGCUCAUCAAGAAGCUGGGCACUGCGCUGCAGGACGAAAAGGACAAGAAGGGGCGGGACAAGGAGGAGCACUGAGGAACUGUCACUCACUGAAGUCACUACACACUGGAUCACAAAGGCCACUACUGUACAACCCAUUUUAACAGCCUGUGAAUUUCAGCUCAGUUGUUUACGUGGUCUGUGCCACUAAGCGGCUCAGACUGAAGCGUUUUGCACCAAUGUCGUUUUCUGUAUAUUUUGAACAAAGUAGAUCGAGUUAUUCGCCUGCUUUAAUGGUAAAACCCCUGCCUCUUUUACCUGUUGUAAAUGACCUUACUGAUGAAAUCGCUUGAAAGUUUAUUUUAAAGCUUACCACUAUUUCAUGAGAAAUGAUUUCUUAUACCAUUGCCUUUUCUUUGUUUCCCAUGGAACACAUGGUAGAUAUGCUUUAUGUAUUUUAUAGUGUAGUUUUAAGAUAUUUAAGAACAGUUCAGUGACCGUGUUCUUGAUUUUUUUUUUUUUAUGUGAACAAAUAAAUACUGAGAGGUUACGGCACAUGAUUAGCUCAGUCAUCACUAUUUAUGGGUAUGUGAAAUGUCUUUAACAUGUAUGAGCUUGGUGUGUCAAGCUUUUUUUUGUCCUUUUUUUAAAUCCAUACAGUAGAACCAGUGUACAUAAUUACAUUUCUUAAAUAUGUUGAUUUCCUAACUUAAUAAAAUAUUGCCAUUCAAUUUUAAA